AUGACGGACUCUACACAGCAGGAUAGCGAGCAAGAAGAGAAGAAUGAGGGAGAAGAGGAGGAGAUGAGGGACGAGGAAGCGCAAGAAGAGGAAGAGGCAGAGUUUGACCCCUCCAUCUGCGCAAACCUAUACAACCGCCUCAUUCGCACCGGAUUUCAUGGCAGCAAUCGAGAGCAGAAGGGCGACUAUUUUCGAACCAACUGGUUUGAAGUAUGGCAGGCGGAUCCAAAAGUUUCCAAAUGCCGUGAACGAUUUCAGCAGCCUAUGGUUGAGUUUCUCGAACAGAUUGAGAUUGUGAUAGAGAGUAAUGGUUCGGCCCCUAUUGAGGAUAUAUUAACAUACCAUCUCCAAUCAAUACCUUCACCGACCGCUGUCGAUGAUGACUACGGGCUGGGAGGACCGCAGAACGAUGGUAUUGACUGCAUCUGUCUGUUCCGGGGCAACUUUGGCGCCAUUUCACAUCGACUGGGUGUGAUUAUGGACCUGGCCGAUCUCAGCGUUCGAUACCUUCCCAGCUUCUUUGACUACCAGAGGCCCGCGGAUGAUUAUGGAGGCUGGUAUACGCUGCAGGACUUCCUAACCAAGCUUAAUUCUAUCGUUGAGGUCGGAAAAUAUGUGCCUGUUCCCUGCGAUCAGAAAGUCCAAUCUGGACAGCAGCCGUCCAUUGCGGGGUGGAAGGCCAUACCCUGGACCGAUUCUAUUCUUGACGAGACCCUUAAUGCAUGGGAAGACCUGAUUGAUACUAUCGCUACACGUCUUCCAGACCAGAAUUCUCAACAAGAUUAUACCCAGCAUCAAACGGAACCAUUAGCUAGCGAGGACAAUAUACCUCCCUCUAUAUGUGGGUUUACUCGUGCAUUCCUACUUCGCGCAUCUAAGCCUCCAUUUAAAUAUAUCGCUCCUGGGUUAUUAGUCUAUAAUUAUAACACCCCGCCAAUUCCUAGGAAAAGGGAUAGGGACGGAUAUAUUUUAUAUAAUACACAAUACAAGGAGCUAUAUGGCGAAGUUUACCAUGAUCCUAUUAUUCUGUUUCCUAUGGAGGAGUCAGCCACAGAAGAGCUUGCUGGGCUCUGGAUCCUUCCCGAGGAGGAUUGGGCAGAUACUAUCCGCCUAGUUCUUCCGUAUGAGCUAAAAAUCUUUCCCUCAGGGGCUUAUAAACCAUUAAGUGGCCAACCAACUCGUACCGCUUUAUUCCAGGGCCCAUUAUGUCCAUUCUUCGGAGACCAUCGUACGAGUCUAGAGACUCUACUCACAUUUUGGAGGUCGUUGGUAGAGGAAGGAGUCUGGACAGUUGGUGCUGAUGGUAUCGAGGGAGGGAAAGAGUUUUACCAACAGGCAGAGUAUGCAGAAAAUCGCGACUGGUUUGAUGUUGGAGAUUGCGUCGAUUUCCCACUUCCUGCUGAAAUUAGUUAG